AUGAAUUCAAUACGAAUUUUUUUUGAUGAAAAGUCAAAAACAUCUUCCACCUCUAUUUUUAGGUUCCAAGGAUUUUCAUAUCACAAAGAUUGCUUUCUGUUGGAGACGAUGGUCUGGCAACUUGAAGUGUUUUCCACAAACCAGCGCUUCCCUCUCCUUCUACCAGCUCCAUGUGACUCCUGCUUCGAUCGUCUCGUGUUUCUCAUUAAGUUUGUGGUAAAAACCACAAUUUCAGGAAAUCAAAUCAAUGACUUUACUUGCCGCAAGAACAAAGGGGAAGCAGAAAACACCGACUCCACCACACCGUUGACGAGUUCGACAGGGAAAUCAACAACGCAUACCGGCACUGAUGAUGGUGGUGGUUGCCGGUGGCGGUGGCUUCUACUUCUUUGGAAACGGAUUCGGUUUCCUUGA